AUGACAUCACCAUGUGGUGUGUUUGCUAUUGCAUUUGCUGGACAUUUAGCUCUAGGAGAUGAUGUAGCAAGCCUGAAAUCCGACCAACCAGGAAUGAGGGAACAUCUCUACAAAUGCUUAGCCUCGCCCCAGACGCAGUAUGCGAAAUUGUCACGAUAUAUACUGCUCGAAGAUGCCAUAUUGUCUAGAGAAUACGGCUCGGGAGAUGCCAAAUUCUCUAGCAAAUACGGCUCGGGAUGCCAGGUUUUCCAAGAAAUACAGCUCGGGGAAUACCAAAUUUCUAGGGAUGCCAAAUUCCCUAGGACAUACCGUUCGGGGAUAUACAAGUUCUGUGGAUUCAGUGGCUUCUUGCAAGUCAAUGUCAAGCAACAUCCGAACGAACAUGUAAGGCGAGUGAGUUUAUUUGCACUGACGGUGGGUGUGUGUCAUCUGAGAAAAGAUGCGACGAAAAAGUCGAUUGUAGAGAUGGCUCCGACGAAAACUGCUGUAAGUGACGACGAUCUUGCCUAUUACGUUAGGUCUAAAAAAUCUGUGCAUGCAGGUGAUGAUGUCAGCAAUUCUGGCAAAGAAUUUGCAAUUGGCUUUAUGGAGCACUAUGAUUAUGAUAAGUCUACAGAAAAUCGCUAUCUAUUUCUAACGUCAAGCAAGUCUCUCAAUUACACAGUAAGAGCUCCGAGACACAAUUUCUCUACGUCGGGAUUUUUGUUGGCCAACACGCUCGUCUCCGUACAACUUCCUGUAUCAUUGCGCAUGCCCAUUGGCACCAGUGACCGAGGAGUUCUUGUAAAAUCUACAGAAGAUAUGACAGUGUAUGGUAUGAGCCAAUCUUUAUUAAGCGGCGAUGCUUUUCUUGCUCUUCCGACUCACGUACAAGGACUAGAAUACGUUGUACCAUCUUACACAAGACAUCCUGACUCGGACUAUAAGAGUCUGCUUGGUGUCGUAGGUAUCCACAACCACACACGAGUCACAGUUGAAUAUUCAGCUACUGCCUCGCCCCAUGGUAAAUCACACAACGUCACUUACAGAAUCGACUGGAUGCAGACACUGCAGUUGGAAGGAAAUGAUAUGACGGGAAGUCGUGUUUUGUCAGACAAACCCGUUGCUGUGUUUGGAGGACACGAAUGUGCUAAUGUACCGGAAUUUACUCGUCAUUGUAAUAAUUUAGUAGAGCAAGUUCCUCCCGUUGCAAGACUUGGGAGACACUUUGCUACCGUACCGUUUGCAACCCGGAAACAAGGAGAUAUAUUCCGUGCCAUAGCGUCACAUGACAAAACUGACAUCAUUGUCAAUGGACACUUGGAAAGAUCAAACUUGCAAACAGGAGAGUUUUACGAAUUUCAUGCAUCUUCCACGACUUUUAUGUCGAUUGAAUCUACUCAACCGAUAUUACUAAUGCAAUUCUCUAUAGGAAAUACUGCGGACAGUACACUUUCUGAUCCUUCAAUGUUGAUGAUAUCACCAAUAGAACAAUACAGGUCGAGUUAUCUUGUCAGAACAGCACCAGAUGAUCUAGUCCUGUUCAGUAGCUAUCUAGCAAUCAUCGUGACAGAUAGUGAAAAGGACGGACUGAGACUUGAUAAUAAACCAUUAUCUUCUUCUGUUCUGUGGAACAAGAUUCCCGGUCUGACACUUGUGGGAGCUAACUUGCCAAUAUCAGACGGUACGCACACAGUCCAUCACGUCAACAAAAGCACAUUUGGUCUGAGCGUGUACGGAUUUGCAUAUCAUGAUUGUUAUACAUAUCUUGGAGGAAUACAGUGGAUAGCUCCAUGCGUUGUACAGCCAUCCAAUCGAAGCAAAGACAUAGAUGAGUGUCUAGCAAACGGUGGUCGAGGUCCUUGCCAACAUUUUUGCAUCAACACAUUUGGAUCAUUUCAGUGUUCUUGCCAACAAGGUUACUUCUUACAGGCCGAUCGCGUCUCGUGCAGUCGAUCUGUCGGGCCAUGUCUUUGUUCAAGCAGCGGAAAUGGAGUAUGCAGAACGGGCGGUCUGUGCGAAUGUCGAGUAGGAUGGGGUGGUACAACGUGCUCUGAUCCGCAAUGUCAUCUUGUUAGUCAAUGUUCUGGUAAAGGAAAGUGUAUUGAACCCAAUAUGUGUCAGUGCAACAUGGGUUGGACUGGCUUCGCCUGUGCGAUCAGUACUUGUCCUCGGUUCACGACAUGUUCUGCUUGUUCUCGUGUACCUCAUUGUGGUUGGUGUGACUCACAACAAAAGUGCAUGACGGGAACUGGAUUCGGACCAUUAGACAAAGACACAGCUUGCCCCGAGUGGUUCUUCUACAGUUGUGUGACCAUCAAGAACUCGUCGGUCCAUACAAACGCGGUCAUCCCUUUCUCCGAUCGAAUUACCGUAAUCGACUGCGACGACAGUUGCCUCGUCUCCAGUCUGUCGUUUCGUGGUGACGACGUUUCUACUCCAGGAAGUCGAGCGUUUUGCGAACGCCGCAAACGAGCGUGCGACAGCUUCUCCAACUGCUACGAAGAAAGAUCAGAUUGUGCAUCAAGCGCCAAAGCUGUCUGUAGAAUCUACUCAGAGUCGAGAUGUCCAAAUGGUUUACUUCAGAUCAACGACAGAUUCAUGAUUGAAGGCUCAUCAAAACAUGGAAACACAGAUGGUCUGGGAGGAAUUGUGAUCAUCCAAGAAGAUCAAGACAUCGCAGCCACAAGAAUAGACUUCACGUUUCACGUUCAUUGUGCCACAUCUCGACACGUAUCUGAAUGGCGUGACUACGGAUGUUUCUGUCGAUUGCCAAAUACAACCAAAUUGUCAAUACACAAACGAGCAGUUGAUGCAACAGACGAGUGUUGUAAGGCACACGAUAAGUGCUAUGGCGAUGCUCCUUUUGGCUGUGAUUGUCACCGCGUCAACACGCUUGUAGUGUCCACAAGUUGCAGCGGCUGGAGGUUGAGCAAACGAUUUUGUCAGGAUUUGUUUGUAGCCAGACCAUUGAAUGUAUGCCAACGUUACUGUUGCCAGUGCGAUUUUACAGCUGCCGAGUGCUUUGCUCGAAGUAUAAGCACAAAAGCAGACACACUGUGGCGUCAUUGGUUAGAUACGACGAGAGACCAAUGCAAUGAGAGAUGCGGAAAAGUUCCAGGAUGUGACUGCCAACCGGCAUGUUCUGGCAACGGUAUUAUUGAGAGUGUGGGACACGACUCGUUCUGUCUUUGCUUUCCUGGAUGGCAAGGACGAUGCUGUGACCAACCAGAUUGUUCGUGUCGCAAUGAUAGAUACCAAGAUUGUUCAAACAACGGCGUUUGUAAGGCAGCAGUAGGAGACAAUAAACCAUUUUGCUCUUGCAUGCAAGGCUGGAGGGGACGCUGUUGUGAUAGAAGGACACCGGUCAGAAGAUCAGGUGACCCUCAUCUAUCCACAGUCGACGGAGUGGAGUUUGAUUAUUUUGGAAUUGGAGAGUUUUGGGAUUGCAGAAGCAAGGAGAAUGACUUCGGUGUGCAGAUUCGAUUCUUUGGUUACAAAACGACGUCGUUUGCUGGAGCGGUCGCCAUCAAAACAGGAAAUGUAUGA